CAACCCCUCUGACAUCGUCAUGACGUAGUAUUUAGUGAAUUAUGGAGGAAGUUCGGAAACGUCAACAUGUGCAAAUUGAAGGGAAAACCUCGGAUAAAAGCUCAGUAUCCAAGAAUGACAGUAAAGGGAUGACGAGCGGGAGGUCAGCCGUGUUCCUGAAGCUUUUCGCUGCCGGAUUUUACGGCCUGAGCUCGUUUUUAAUCGUAGUUGUGAACAAAAGCGUCCUCACCAGUUACAGAUUCCCCUCAUCAACAUGUGUUGGGAUCGGUCAAAUGCUGGCCACAGUACUAGUACUAGGAGCUGCAAAGUCAAUAGGUGUCAUCACGUUUCCAGGUUUGGACAGGAGCAUCCCAAACAAGAUGUUUCCCCUACCGCUUCUGUAUGUUGGGAAUCAGGUAUCAGGACUUCUAGGAACCAAGCGACUCAAUUUACCCAUGUUUACAGUUUUAAGAAGAUUCUCUAUUUUGUUAACCAUGUUGGCCGAGGGAAUCCUACUGAAAAAGACAUUCUCUGGGCCUAUCAAGGCAACCGUGUUUGCCAUGAUCUUUGGAGCCUUUGUAGCUGCGAGCACGGAUUUGGCCUUUGAUCUUCAAGGCUAUGUUUUCAUAAUGCUCAACAACGUUCUGACUGCAGCCAAUGGGGCCUAUGUGAAGCAGAAACUUGACUCCAAGGAGCUUGGCAAAUAUGGGCUGCUCUAUUACAACGCUUUAUUUAUGAUCAUCCCUACCGUGGCAUAUGCACAUUUUGCCGGGGAUCUACAAAUGGCAUUGGAGUUUGAAGGGUGGUCGGACAUGCUGUUUUUGUUCCAGUUUGUGCUUUCCUGUGUUAUGGGCUUUGUUUUAAUGUACUCCAUUGUGCUUUGCACUCAGCAUAACUCUGCAUUGACCACCACCAUAGUGGGCUGUAUUAAAAAUAUUUUAGUCACUUAUCUUGGUAUGGUCUUUGGCGGAGACUAUAUUUUCACCUGGGUCAACUUCAUUGGAUUAAACAUCAGCAUUGCUGGCAGUCUGGUGUACUCCUACAUCACAUUCACUGAUGAACAAUCAAAAAAACCUUAAUGGGGGUGCCACUGGAAGGUUGGAGCUGGACUUUGUAAGACGUGUGUCGAACAUUUAUUUGGCCACUAUUUCAACAUAUUCUUAAUCAUCAUCAGCAAGACUGAAUCAGUGUUAUUGAAGAUUUGUGCCUAAUCAAGUAAAUGCAGUAACUAUGGCUGGAAUUCAAUAAGACACACAGUACUGUAAAUGUUUUUUCCUCUUGAGCCAACAUCUAUAGUGUUUAGCAUGAAUGCUUUCUCCACAAACCUCUGGGAAAUUGCAUUUUGUCGGUUCUGCAAUGUGCCUCUGAUUCUCGAACCUGUUUAUUCAAAAAUGUUUUUGUGAACCUAAUUUCUAAGCAAAGCGCUUUUCCUUUUUUUACUAUGUUCAACAUUGUAAGGUCCAACAUUUUAAACCUCAUGUUGGUUACAUGCAUAUUUGAAAUAUUGCUAGGUUUAAUUUCCUGUCACACUGAUGAAAAAUGUAUGAAAACUCCCCCACAUAAUUCAAAUCAAUUUAUCAUUAAAGUGCCUAUUUUGCAGUUAGGCCACAGUAAAAUCAUGAAAUAACAGGU